AUGCUAGAAGCAAUUGCUUGUUACCAGUCGGGAACGGCCGUGAAGGUGGUGCUGUUCAGUUGUGCCGCCGGUGUGCAGCUGACAGAGGGAACAAGGCUUUCUUGCAUGUGUUUAUGCUCACUGCAUGUGCCCGCUCUUCGGUCUAAAAGCCUGUCAUUUCUCGGCACUACCGGCAUUGGUCUUAUCUACCGACCUCAGCCCGACUGGAGAUUGAGCCGAUUGUCCGAGAGUGAGUUUGUAUCUAGUAUCGGUUUUGUAGAAAUGGAGGUCGUAGGUCUGCAAGCGGACCCUUUAAAAGGUCAAGGAAGCAAAUUGAACAGGAUACAGAUGUGCUUGUAA